UAAUGGAAGAAGAGCAAUGGCCGUUGCCGCGCCAAUAGGUCAUCACCGUUCAUUUCUCUGCGCUCCACAGCCGGGGCGUCUCGUGCGGAAGAUCGGCAACAGCAUGCGCCAUAAUGUAGUGACGAUCGACUUCUCGGAGCUCCAGAAUGAAGCUGUGAAUUUUUCUGAGGAGCUCGAGGCGGGAUUUGGAGCUCAAGGACUGGGAAUUAUUGCCGUUUCGAACGUUCCGGGAUUCACUGAAAUGCGGAGUAAUCUGUUAAAUCUUGCGCAGAGCCUUUCUUCUCUUCCCGAAAAUGUUCUCAAGGAGCUAGAAGAUCCAGCAAGCAGAUUUUCUUUUGGUUGGAGCCACGGAAAAGAGUUCCUAGAAUCCGGCCAACCUGAUGAGCUUAAAGCUUCGUUUUAUGCGAAUCCAAUCGUGGACAGACCGACCGAUGACCCAGCUCUCAUAGAAAGGUAUCCAUCUUAUUGUCGAGCGAACUUAUGGCCCGGAAAGGAGUUACCUGACCUUGAAUCAAGUUUUAAGAAACUCGGAAGUCUGAUUGUGAAGGUUGGCCUGCAGCUCGCAGCUCACUGCGACAAACAUGUGUCUCGCAAGGGCGGUGAUGCAAGGCUCACGGACAUGCUCAAGAACUCUUUGUGCCACAAAGGCCGUCUGCUCCAUUAUUACCCAAGCAAAUGCUCAGGCACAAAGUCAUCGUCGUGGUGUGGCUGGCACGUCGAUCACGGAUCUCUUACAGGAUUGACCUGUGCAAUGUACACAAGAGAAGGAAGGGAAAUAGACUGUCCUGAUUCUGAAGCAGGGCUUUAUGUUAGGACUCGGUCUGGUGCAAUUGUCAAGGCAACUUUCGGAAAGGAUGACAUUGCUUACCAGGUAGGAGAAGCGACGGAGCUAAUGUCGAAUGGUGCAUUUCACGCGACACCACAUUGUGUUCGAACGGCUCAAGACGAUCCCCUUGUGGAAAGGAACACGUUUGCAGUGUUUAUGCAACCUCACUGGGACGAAGAACUUGUUUCGCGAGACAGGAAAACAGUUUCGUUUGGAGAUUUCUCCGAGUCCCUGCUUUCCACCUAUUACGGAACAGCAUCAUCUUCACGAGUCACCUUGUAAAACUCGACGUUCCUUCAAAAAACUACUGUGCUUGCGCGACUUUC